GCAAUCCCAGUCGUAUAAUUUUCAAAUACAAAAAUGUGGUAAUUAAGUAUUUAUUUAUCUGUACACAUUAAAAAUUUCCCACGUCACAAGAUAUCCGUAUAAUUUGUGGAAACAACCGUUAAACACUGCCAGACUGUGUUGAGAGUUUACAAAAUAAAAUAUCAAAAUUAAGCGAAAAUGUCAGUUUCAAACGGUGGCUUACCUUCCGAAGACUCCGCGACGAUUUUUUCUACACUUCCGGGGCAGUUCCCAAAUUUGGUCGAAAACAGGGAUCAGAAAAUCAAAACAAGGGAGUUUUUAGAUGCCUCUUCGGGAGCUGUCAUUUUAGUAGAACGAUUCGGUAAAGUUUUUACUCCGGUUAUCUAUGAUAUGAAUGGAAACAUUAAGAAAAUCACAGUUAAAUAUGAGGAAGACCGGGAAAAUUACGAGUUUUUGGAGGACAUGAUACUUAAACAAAAAAAUUUAGACCAAUUGCUUGUUGUUGAUGCUUUGCAGUGGUUGCGGCGAGCCCUUCAUUUCAUUUCGCGCUUCUUCCAGUCUGUUAUAGACGACACCGACAAUAAUAAUAAUACACAAGACUUGUCUAUAUUUGUUAAAAAUGCAUACAAGGAAACUCUGGAGCGGUACCAUGGUUGGAUAGGGUCUCAGUUGUUCAAUAUUCUGUCAAGGUUUACACCAAAUCGCCAACAACUUUUCUACCAACUCGCCCUCGAGAAACACCACAAAGAGGACCACGUUUUGCGCGAUAUGAGACAAUUCACGCUCAGAAUGUCUUCAUGUGUUCAAAAACUUAUCGAUUUCUACCAAGAGCAUGACCUCGAGACCAAUGAUAGAGUUUAAAAUUUGUUGUUAGUUGAAUUUGGUACUUAAAUUUUGUAUUUGUAGAUUUUGCCUUUCCAGUUGUAAAUAAAAUUUUUAUAUACUUAAA